CUGUGACAGCCUGCGGGAUUGCCCUGCGUUUCUUUUCUGCACAGUCUAAAUAUAAGUCGGUGACAAACAGUCCAAAUACAGUAGCAACCCAACUGUGAUGUGGGGGUGGUGCUGAGAGAACAGCUCCGUCUCCAAAAGUCUCCCCCCCGCACCUCCUCCCUCCAUCCUCGCCCCCCACCCCUCUGUUGGAUCCGUCAGGAGGAGAAGGACGCACACGGAGAGAGUCUCAGCUCCGCCGCUCCUCUGCCUGUUUUAUCAUGAAGAGACAAAACGCCCGGACUCUCGCCCUCAUCAUCAGCAUCCUCACCUACCUGGUGGUCGGAGCGGCCGUGUUCGAGACCCUGGAGUCGAAGCAGGAGAAGAAUCACAAGAGGAAGCUCGACGCCAGAAAGUACGAACUCAUGCGCAAAUACAACUUAACCAAAGAGAACUUCGAGGAGCUGGAGCACGUCGUGUUGCAGCUCAAACCUCACAAAGCGGGAGUGCAGUGGAAAUUUGCGGGCUCCUUCUACUUCGCCAUCACUGUGAUAACGACCAUAGGUUACGGCCAUGCAGCGCCCAGCACCGACUCAGGGAAAGUGUUCUGCAUGUUCUACGCCCUCCUGGGGAUCCCGCUCACGCUGGUCAUGUUCCAGAGCCUGGGUGAGCGGAUCAACACGUUCGUCAGGUACCUGCUGCACCAAGCCAAGAAGUGCCUGGGAAUGCGUCACACCGAGGUCUCCAUGGCAAACAUGGUGACAGUGGGCUUCUUCUCCUGCAUGAGCACCCUGUGCGUGGGGGCCGUGGCGUUCUCCCACUGCGAGGGAUGGAGCUUCCUCCAUGCCUUCUACUACUGCUUCAUCACGCUCACCACCAUCGGGUUCGGAGACUACGUGGCUCUGCAGAGGGACGACGCGCUGCAGAACGACCCUCGGUACGUGGCUUUCUGCUUCGUCUACAUCCUGAUGGGGCUGACGGUGAUCGGAGCAUUCCUGAACCUGGUGGUGCUUCGCUUCCUGACCAUGAACACCGAGGACGAGCGCAGGGACGCCAAGCAGAGGGCCCUGAUGUCCAUCAGUAAGCCCAGAGGAGAGGUGGCUCAUCUUCUGCCGGUGUCAGCCUCGGCCUCUUCCACGCCUGUAGCCGACGACCCAACAAAGGGGAAGGAUUUAAAAGGUGUCUACACGGAGGUGCUGCACUUCCAGACUAUAUGCUCCUGCCUGUGGUACAGGAGCAAGGAGAAGGAGCAGGGCUCCAUCCCCAACAUGAUCCCUCAAGAGCUGACGUUCUCUGAUGCCUACAUGCAGCAGAACAGUAACUGUUCUCACUACAUGGAGCCUGGAUCAACAGGCUGCGUUUGCAGUCCACGUCAGUGUUCAAGCAUAAGCUCCAUAACAACGGGUCUACACAUUCUCUCCCCGUUCAGGAUGUUUAAGAGACGCAGCUCCGUAUAGACUUUCAGUACUGCAGAUUCACUACAGCACAAUGUGUCUAUACUGCCAAGUGGACGGCAGAGACUUGGCAGUCCUCACAGCAAAGACAUGACUGCAAGUUUGUGGUGCUAUAAUCCCAGCAAACAUUAGGACGAAUGCGGAAGGGAAGAGCACAGACAGUACUGUAAACAGUCUAACUCAAAUAUGUGUCUGAGACAGCGUCAUAUGCACGGCUUCAACUAAAAGGUCCUAUGUAGGGGCGUCCCGUGUGACAGGGGAAGUCAUCCAUGUCACUACAUGUGAACAUGCCGCAGCGCACGAGGUGCGGCAGAUCAGGUGCUGCACGAGGAUGGUCACAAGUUAGCAUUAUCACGAUGAACAUGUUGAGAUAAAAUACCUGAGACAACAGCUCCACAGUAAACUACAAUUUCAGUGUUUUUGAUAAUAAUCUCAGAGGUGCUGAUUCAACACAGGGGUCAUUUCUUAAAGGUCAACAAGCAGGAUUGUUGGUUACAGUUUGUUAACACACUCGCCAUUGAGAGUGACAGUAAACGCCCCAGAUUCAUUUUCCCUUGGUGUGUCGCCUGACUGUAUUUGAGUUUUUUCAGCACUUUGUCUCAAGGAUGUUAGUGUGUCUCCCCGGAUGCAGAUUGUGGCUCCCAGGCCUUAUUUAUACUCAAAGUUGAGAUGGAGGCAGACGGAGCCUUCUGUCCGUAUUCUGCGCUCAUUUCAUCCAUAUUUGUGAACGUUUCCUGGAAGCUUGCAGAUACAGAUGAAAAAGAGCAGCAGCACCAGAUAUCGUGGGGAUUCUCCGUCCACAUGUUGCGAUGAAACGUUAUAUGGCCUCACAGACCGUCUACAACGCUGCCUCCAUUUAACGAUACAAUAUUACACCUCCACUACUGUCGCCUCGUUUGUUGUCUGAAACUUUUGACUCCGCCUCCUAGUGCCAUCUAUUGGCUGUAUCGGUGCCAACAUAAAGGACACGUGGAAGUAUGAAGUCUUACAAUGUGUUUUCAUAUGUAAAGAGAGAAUAAAUGAGCCUUAAGUCUGCCACCUGCUGACUAUUUCGCCUCGCAUUCUCACUUCCUUCCACUAUCUACAUUAUUUAAAAUCCCCUGUGCCACGGUAAACAACAACAACCUCCGAGCUGUCAACUUCCGCAUUGAAAAUUGCACGUUUUGACCAAUUUUGGGUCAUGAAAUAAGGCAUGCCUGCUUUGUUCUUUUGGAAAAUUAUUGUGAAGAUGUACAGUGAAUCAGACAACUCGUGAACGCUCCUCAGAGAAGCCCAGACUCCGUCUCAUGCCUGAUGUUGAUCUGUUUCCAGACACAGUCAGUCGGAGUUGCCACACUUUCAAAAUGUGUGCAGUCAAAUGAGACCUGAAUACGAAACUUUUUGUGCCAGGGGUUUGAUCUCGGCCCGCCUCAACUCCCCACCGAAUCAGCAAACUUUCCAGAAAAUCUGUGUGGUUUGCAUGAGCUAACACAGCAGCAGCGCUAACACUCAACACUGAAUCAUUAAAUGAUCCAAACAAACUCACAUUGACACUGAAACUCUGUCGUUAAACCCCUUAAAAACGUAACGUUAGCCAUGUGAUGCUAACACUUAGCCCUGUCACUGUGUGUGUAUUUUGCAAGGGCACUGCAUCCUGCACUUAGCUCCGCCCAGGACAAUCGUUAAUCAAAAACAAGCCAGAGCAUUUUCCCUCCUGUAGCAGAAUGAUAAUAUGGUGACACCAGACCUUUCUCAAGCGCAGACACAGCGCUGUGAAGUCAGGCCACGCAUGACUACUUGGAGGCCUGCUGCCUUCAGUCUGGUACCUGGUCGCUACCUUUCCAUAAAGCCCCGACCUCAACUGAGCGCUGUGGGGGAACACGCCAAUAAACGUCCCGGACAUGGAAAAUAAAAAGCAAAAAGAAAAUCCAAGCAGAGAGCAGCCACACUGAGAGUGAGUCAUACAUGAUGAUUGAGACAGACAUGACCUCUGUGCGAGACUACACAUUGUUUUUUAGGAAAAUCCUGCAGAGUGAAACUUUAAAGUUGUAGUUUGUGGUGUUUCUAGAUGUUUCCCUUCAGAGUGUUUGUGACUGAUGCAGCUCCGACUCAAAGUUGACUAGUGUUGCCCUGAAACUUUCUAACAAACUCAUCAGAGCUGCGUUGAAGCUGACACCUGCUCAGGAACUCAAUAUGACUCAUUUUCUGUGUUGCUGCCUCUGUUAUUGUGCUGGUGCAUCAGUCACACACCUGCUGCAUUACAUAACGCCACAAGUGGAAAAGUUCAAACAACCAUGAUGACAUAUCUCUAACACAGUUUUGUACUGUGAUGACAGGUACACACUCUGAACACACACUUCACUGGAUUUGUGUAACGACACGACGAAGCUCGUGAGUCUACAUCAGCAUCUCUGACACUCAGCUGAACCUUUGACCUGAGCAGCCUGGUGUUCACUGCAGCGUUACUGUACUGUGAGGUGUGUCUGAUUGUUGGGUACAUUAGUCACCGUUUGACUCUGCUGGGUCCAGAAGUCGGUCCAGAGCAGGUACUGUUCUCCUUCAUGGUGUUUCCACUGUGGUGCUUCUGUCAGUCCUUCAGGAACCAGAGCAGAUACUCACCAAUCAUCCAGGUACUUGUGACUUACAGUUUGUGCACUAUUAAAGGAGUACUUCAACAGUUUUGGAAAAUAUGCACAUGGAGCCGGAGCUAGGAAACAAUUAGUUUGUCAGGCUGGACUCGAACCCUUCACCUUGUACAUGGGGCGCCUGCUCUACCACUAAGCCACCGACGCCCCACAAGUUAUCUUUUUUAGUUGAUUUCUGUUUGUGUGCUGAUUUAAGAUGAGACAUGUUAAUUAUUAAACUUUAGAGAAGACAGAUUUUUACUUUGGACAGAGCUAGCCCAGCUAAUUUAGGUUGUAAAAACAUUCUGAAUGCCAAAUCACACCGGUGGUGAAUGGCGCACGUCAAAAAAUACGCAGCUAUUAUUUUCUAUGUAUAUCCCCGCACCGGUGGUGGUUAGACUCGUCGGUGCUCCUGAAUGCACCACUUCACAACACUAUUCUAUUUCCAGCCUUGCCGCCCCCAGUAUUAAAUGCAUUCCCACUCACUCUCUGCUGGUACUCACCAGCUCCCGUAGCAGCUCCUUUUCUCUGCUCCUAUGGCAGCUCAACUCCUCUCCUCUCCAUGGAUGCAUUAAGAGAACUCUGUAGCUGCUGCUGUGUUUCGUGUGUGAUGAAGAAAGGAUGAGGAGGGACUUCUUGUUGAGGUCGAGAAAUAUCCCGAGCUAAACGACCCCCUAAUCCCGUCAUUAUAAAGACGAUGGCCACAAAGAUACUUUGCCAUUUAGACUCUGAAUAAAUAAACUGUUGUUUGUCAACAGUAAGCAAGCAUGAAUCACAAGUUAGCUUUUUUAAAUGCUUCCUGUUUGUGUGCUGAUUUAAAACGAGACAUGUUAAUUAUUGAACUUUUGCAGAGGCAGAUUUUUAGCUAGCCCAGCUAACAAUUUCUGGUCUGAAAAAAAUUUGAGGAAUGUUCUAAUGUAAUGUUGUGGUAAUGUUUUCUUUUAGUUCCCAGAACAUUCUUCUAAAAGCAGAGUAACGUUCUCUGAAACCAUCCUGAAAAAUAUUUGGUGAUAACCAUUGCUUUUUUGGGGGGGUCUUUUUUUUUUUUGUUAAAGAUAUUUUUUGGGCUUUUUUAGCCUUUAAUGUAUAGGACAGACAAGUGUGAAGGGGGGAGAGAGAGAGGGGGAGUGACAUGCAGCAAAGGGCCACAGGCUGGAGUCGAACCCGGGCCGCUGCGGCAACAGCCUUGUACAUGGGGCGCCUGCUCUACCACUAAGCCACUGACGCCCCGAUAACCAUUGUUAUAAUAUCCCAGACAGAAUUUUGUGGUUCCCAACACGUUCUGAGAACGUUACAAUGCAGUGCUCCAGUGUUAUUUUCAGCGAGAAGUUUUCUUUUAGUUCCCAGAGUGUUCUUCUUAAAGGUAGGGUAACGUUCUCUAAAAACAUCCCAAAAAUGUUUGGUGAUAAUCUUAUUAAAAAAUAAAAUAAAAUAACAAUGUUACAGCUAGCUGUUUCACCCUGCUUCCGGUCUUAAUGCUAAGCUAGGCUAACCUAGCUUCCCGGCUCCAGCUCCAUAGGCUAGGUCAGUGGUUCCCAACUGGUGGUUCACAGUCCAAAAGUGGGUCGCAGGUCCAUUCUG